AUGCUGAAUUCAGGGGGUGAGCAUGUUGAAAGUGAAAGGAGACCAUGUUUAAAAUAUCUAAUAAGUCUUUUACUUUUAUUGAUGCUUAUGUUAAUAUUGAGGAAGCAAAAUGAUGAAGAAGAAGAAAUGAAUAAUAGGAAUAAAAUGAAUUUAAGAAAAAACGAGAAUUAUCGAAAUUAUACAUUUGGAUAUAUGAGAGAUAUUAGUUAUUUUAAAUACUCUUCUGUAAUAUAUAUAACACCAAACAGGAGAAUAUUACCAAGUAUAACAUAUAUUGAUAAAUAUACAAUAUAUGUAAAUGGAUAUGAUAAUAUAUUAAAUAAUUUUAAAAACAUAUCAUUAAGUAUAGAUCAAAAUAAAGAUGAUAUAUAUAUAUCAUCAUCAUAUGAUAAUAAUUAUAAUAUUUAUAAUGAUGAUAAUAUAUAUAAUGAUGACAAUAUAUAUAAUAAUGAUAAUAUUUUUCAUAAUGAUGAUAAUAUUUUUCAUAAUGAUUUAUGUAAGGAAGGAGAUGAUUCUAAUAAAGACUGCGCUAUAAUUAAUACCAUACUUGUGGAUAAAUAUUUAUUUAAGAAUAUGAAAAUAUCUAAUUGUAAUGAAGAAAUCGAUAUUUUAUGUUUUUUAGUUUUUGUACAAUUAAAUAAGAAGAAAUGUUAUAAUUUUGAUAAUUUAUCUUAUUCAUGUCAUAUAAAUAAUAGUAUUAAAAAUAAAAAUUUAUUUCUUCUCAAUAAUUAUUGUUAUGUACUUUUGGCUAGUUCCAGUAUACACAAAAUAUAUGAAUUUAUAAAACUCGAAUUAUUAAACAAAGAAGAAAUUAAUGAUAAUACAAAAAAUGAACAUGUACAAAUUGUAACUCAUUUUUGUGGUAACAUGAUCAAUCAGAUAGCUAUGAUAGAUUAUGUGAAUACACGAAUAUUGUUUAUACAGCGUUAUAUAAAACACACAGAUGAUGAUAAUAAUAAUAAUAAUAAUAAUACAAAUGAUCUUAAUACAAAUGAUCUUAAUACAAAUGAUCUUAAUACAAAUGAACUUAAUACAAAUGAACUUAAUACAAAUAAUCAUAAUAAUAGGAUGAAAGGAAAAUCCAUAGAAUUAAAUUUAAAUGAAGAAAAUAAAAAUAAUCUAUAUGAUACAUUUAAUAAUGAUAUAAAGAAUACAUAUGAAACCAACUUAAAUUUUAAAUUGACGUAUUAUUUAUCUAUAAUAAAUAUGAAUACACAAUAUAAAGAUAAUAUUGAAUAUGUAGAUUAUAUAAAAAAUAAAUUAACCCUAAAUUUAUUUCCACCUAUAUAUAUAGGAUAUGACGAAACAUCAAACUUUUAUUAUAUUAUACAAUAUGAGAAUAAAGAUUUUCUUACCAUAAUAUUUAUAUCUCCUAUAACCCUUACGACAUAUUACACGCUAAAAAUAACUGACUUCUACUCAGGAUGGUUAUUAAUACCCAAGUAUUAUUAUGAAAACAAAGGCUUAAUACUGCUCGGUGAAUAUCCUCCAUAUGAAGAUGAACUACACGUUUGGGAUAUAACCAACAUAGAACAUAGUAAAUAUUUCGUAAAUGUUAUUAAAGCUUAUUCAAAUAUAUGA